GGAUAGACUUUAUCAGCAGCAUGAGAACGAACUAAUACAGAUGCCUCUCUGAAAUUUUAGAGGUUUGUAUACUUGCUAGGAAAGUUAGAAAAAACAGCCAAUCUUCCCUUUCCAGAUUCUUCCUCUGAGUGGACUGCAUGAGGAGAUGUCUGUAAGAAAUUGUGGGUAGAUAGCUCAGACAGAAAAAAAAAAUGCACUUUAAAUUGACAAAUCAGUCCAAACCACGAAGGUUAUAACUCUUUUUUUUUUUCCUUUCCAGAAGAACAGUAAAACAGACUUGUUACUGGCAGCCCAUUAGUGCUCAGGAGAGGCGGUCUCCAGCAUGACAUCAGCCGGCCGCUCGACCCAAAUCUAGUAUUUCACCAGAAAGCCUUGCGCUGCCGGCUUUCCAACUGUGUGGAAGACGUACAUGGGGGAGAGGGAAGAAGGCAUAAAUAAGAUACAGACUGGAGACUUUUUGAUGUGUUUAGCACAUUUUUGUGAUUUCCUUUAAUACGAUAGGCCUUGCAUAAUCUCCCAUUAGGAGAACAAAAGACAAGCCUGAGAUGGGAUGGAGAGUGGGUGGAGAGGGGGAUCCAUGCCAUAAAAAGUUCACUUUGACUAAUUAGCAUUUUUAAUCCAAAUACUUAAAAGGGGAGGUGAAUUGGGAAGAGAAGAAUGAAUGCCACAGCCGAGUGACUGCAGAUAUAAAAAGUCCCUUCAUUAAUUCGGUUGUUUUUUAAUUCCUAAUUGAACUUAAAUAAAGAGGACCUAGAGGCAGCUGUUUCUAAUAUCGAGUCCCCACCGCACAUGAAAGACGCAUUUAUUCCUGCAGCAGCCUCCCUACCCUUGGGUGUUAUCAGCUGAACAUGUUUUGAACCUACCUAAUGCAUUUGAGGUAGCUUGGGUUUAUUUUUCUUUCAAUAAAAUAAAUGGUUUUGUAAUUAAAUUUCUGCACUGCCUGUGCUUAAUGGUUACAUUGACAAGUGCUAAUGUAUGGCAAGAGAAUGAGUUUGAAAUGAAACAUGCUGUUUUCGAAUCUGCAAGCAAUUUUGCAGUGGGGCAAUCAAACCCCUCAUGCCAGCGAAACAUUUUCAUUAAUCUGCUCACUCCGCCCCUGCCCACUCCGGCCGGGCGAGGACACUUUUUAGCUUCCCCUUUGCCCAACCCCCACCCUUGCCUUUUUCUAAACACACACACUCACGCACACACGCGCGCGCGCACACACAAAUAGCAUGAAGCGAGCCGUUGUUUGAAACCAUUUUGUGGUCCCUGGCUGGCGGGCCUGUGGAAAUUCGCUGACUUUACACCAUGAAAUGUUGCAGCUGUCUCUCUUCUCCAAAAGGAAGGCCGGCCUCCAUGUUUCAAUCCCUGGCAGCGAGUCAAUAAGAAAAUCUGUCCUUCUGUUUUCCUUUUCUUUUUUUUUUUUAACUUUCCUCCCCCCUUAGCUAAAUUUAUUUUUGAAUAAAUCUUCUCAUAGAAAAUAGCGAACAGCUAUUACAUAUCUGGACUCGGUCUGCGUAAACCACGUCAAGCCACAGCAAAGGAGGCGAACUUCCAGCCUUGAGCCUGUAGAAGGUUCAUGAAUGGAAACCUGGAUGGGUGGGUUGUGGUCUUGGCUGGCUCCACUUCUGCCCACAGCCCAGGAAGGGGGCCCUGUGUCUCCUGCUCAGGCUUGCACAGGAUACAGGCAUAAAAAAGACAAGGAUGAAAUAAGUCCUGUGAUGGAGAGACAGGCAAAAUGCUACCUGACUUCAGAGGAGGAAGAAGUGUGCUGUGCCAGGAGGAACAGGAGAAAGCUUCAUGAAAGAGGUGAGCCUUACAAGCCAAAUAGGAUUUCAAAAGGGGAGGAUAAUGUUCCAAGGCAAGCAACCAGCGAAACACAAAGGAAUAAAAGUAAAAAUUGUAUCUGGGGAAUGAUGAGUGGUCCCAAAUUAAUGGAGUAGAAAGUUAAGCACCUGCGGGGUGUGUGUAUGUGUGAAUGUGUUGGUGGGGGUGGGAAGUGGAAUUAGGAGUUUUUAGAUGGUUUGUUUUGCAAACUGGAGAUAACCCUUAAAGGUUUUGGAGACUUGCGGAUGGAGUGAGUGGUGAUACAACCCAACCUAUAUAUUCGUAAUUGAACCUGUAAGCCAUAAAAAGGACAAGCUGAGAAGGGAUGAUAUUAGAGGCAGGUGGACCAGAGGCUAUUUCAGUAACUCAGGUCAGAGAGGAGGACAGGCAAGGCAAAGGCAGUGUUCCUGGAGGGAGGGGAUGGGUGCUGGGGAAACUGCAGAGGUCAGGGGCAGCCAAUCAGGUGUGGUGGGAGGAAGGGAAGUGCCAUCAAGUAGUCUGCUCUCUUCAGGGUGCCUGAGAAGGUGACCAUGGGCAGGACAGAGACUGGGAACUCUGACAGAGAAGUGGAUUUGGGGAAAGGGAAAAGAAAACACUAGUUCCAACUGGACACAUGGAGUUGGAGUUGGUGGUGGUGGUGACUGUCAUGAAGGACUAUCCAGGGAAUAGUAAACAGAUAAAUGGAACAAAACAGAAGGAAGGCAGAACUCUGAGGAAUGCCCACAUCUAGGGUAGCCAGUGCAACAGACAACACAGAAUAGCAGGGUUAGUAGGAGACGGGCCAUGAGGAAAAGGGAGGGAAGUUCCAAGAAGAAAGGUGGGAAGGUAUUUCUGAUGCUUCAAGGAGACCCAAGAAGGGGAGAUCGUGAGGCAGUUGGGUUGGGCAAUAAAGGAGAAGCUGAGCAGGGUGUGGGAAGUAGAGGCAGAAAGAUUUCGCACCUGGCUUUAAAGAAUUUUCACCAUGAUGACUGCAUGGAAAGUUUUCUUUGGGUGAUGGGCCCUUGAUCAAUAUUUAAAGAGGAAUCAUAAGGAAGGAGAGAUUGAAAGGCACCCAAGAGGGGACUCUGAUGGAGCAGGAUCACGGGAGGGGCAGGAAGGGGUGGAGCAGGUGGGCUUGCAAAGCAGCAGGAAGAAGGUACGAUAGACCAGAGAACAGUUAAGGUAAACACAAGGGGAGCGAGGGGGCAGGCAGCCUCCUGGGGAAGGAAACAAUGAGAUCCUGUGCUGAGUGAGGGGUGGGGACAAAGGUGAUGGGAAGAGAGAAGUGGCUUGGAAAUUUGAGGCAGGGAGGACACGGAAUAGAAAGUCAGGCGGGAAUGAAUAAUAGGGCAUUGAGAAGCUGAAGAUGGAAGCCCGGCUCUGCAACAGCCUGGUCUGCACAGUCAUGACAUUUGCUCCAGCCUUUCUGGGCAGUCUGGAAGCAGAAAUAGAAGCAAAGAAGCUAGUGGCAGGAAUGCUCCAGCUAUGGACAGCACUGCAGCCGCAGUGGGCAGCCAGAGACACAGGACCUUAGAGGAUGAUCAGAGAGAAUUUUACAGCAGGAAGCCUUUUUGUUGAUAUGGGUGACCUUCACCUCCAAGACCGGUACAGCCUUGUCUUGGGUUAAAUUUGGAGACCAAAUUUGAAAAAGUUUUACAUAAAAAAUAUAUACCGGCCAGGAGCGGUGGCUCACACCUGUA